AGCUUCCAGACGCUUCUCUGUUGAGCUCCACUGGGGACUUCCUGUCUUCUGAGGGACCCAGGGACUCCACCUGUCCUCAUCACCCUGCUCCUCUGAUCAGGUACAGAAGUUGCUGAGACUGUUGUGGUGUUCAAUCGCCCACCAUGGCUGAAGCAUCCUCACAAGUGGGACAGAAAUAUGACUGUGACUGUGAGGACGCUGUCAAUACCUAUAUUCAGCUGCAGCUCUCUGCCUCCUCUGUGUACUUAUAUAUGGCCUUCUACUUUGACCGUGAUGACGUGGGCCAAGAGAACUUGAAGCGUUUCUUCUUGAGCAAGUCACACGACCACAAGGCCAGUGCCGAGAUGUUCAUGAUCCUGCAGAAUCAGUGUGGAGGCUGCAUCGACCUUCGUCGAUACUGCAUCUCGGGACCAGACCGCGACAGUUGGCAUGGAGGCAUCCAGGCUAUGGAGUACGUCUUCCACAUGGAGAUGACCAUCAAUCAGAGCCUGCUGAACCUGCACGCAUUGGCCAAGGGAAAAGGCAACGCCUACCUCUGCAACUUCCUGGAACAAAGCUGUUUGAAUCAGCAGGUCUAA